GAUAUUUUUCUUAUUUUAGUUAUGACAUAUAUUUGGAUAAUGAACCUAUUUUGCAAAAUGUUGAAUUUCUCCCCGUUAGUAUUAAUGACCUUUUAUUUCACCAUAACGUUAACCACACGAGUGCCAAGUUGAUUACUUUAGAAAAAGGUAAAUAUAUCCAUAUUCUAUGGCAAGUUCCGCAAACGAUUUUAAUUACAGUGGCUGAAGUAAUGUCUCUGGUCACAUUAUAUGAAUUCGCAUUCACCCAAGCUCCAUUGAGUAUGAAGUCAUUUCUUUCAGCAGCCAACAUAUGUGCAGCGGCAGUUGGAAAUUUAAUUGUAGUUUUUUUUUCGAAAAUUGGACUAUUUGAAAAUCAAGGUCACGAAUUCCUAUUUUAUGCAGUUUUAAUGGUUUUGGAUAUGAUACUACUUAUGGCUAUGAGCACCAAAUACAAGUAUAAAUGUGUAAGCACACAAUGAAUCUAAAAAAUAAACAGCAGAUUUUAAAUGUACUUAGUUUAGUAUGAUUAAAGAUUUAGUUUUGCACCUAAAUAAUAUUUAAACUAUGAUAUAAAUAAAUGUAAAAAAUAAAUUUUUUUAAA